AUGCUACUGUUUUAUGUGUCUUCUCAAUCUCCUUUUCUCUCCCUCCCACUUCUCUCCUGCAACACCCCAGCAGCCGCUGGACGGAGGAGAGGCAGGCAGACCUACAGCCGCUACCAGACCCUGGAGCUGGAGAAAGAGUUCCUUUUCAAUCCUUACCUGACCCGCAAGCGGAGAAUCGAAGUGUCGCACGCGCUGGGACUGACCGAAAGGCAAGUGAAAAUCUGGUUUCAGAACAGGAGGAUGAAGUGGAAAAAGGAGAAUAACAAAGAUAAGUUCCCGAGCAGCAAAUGCGAACAGGAAGAGUUGGAGAAACAGAAAAUGGAAAGGGCACAGGAGGUGGAAGAGGGCGGAGAAGCACAGACGGGGGACAAGAAGUAGGCGCUGGUAGGCGCUGGAAGACUGGACAGGCAAGCCUCAGAAAGCCCCUCGUCCUUCCAUUAAUGCCAGUUGAUGUGAGAAGUGGUGG